AUGGGCAGCGAAAACGUCUCUGUAGAGUAUUUGUCUGCCGGCGCCAACAGGCAAACCGCGGUUGCGGACUGGAGUCGGGGAGGGCUGCUGGCUUUUGGCGCGGACACCAAUGUUGCCUUUUGGGCUCCCAAGGAGAAUUCUCAGCGGGGAAUUUCGGGACUGUUGAGUGGACAUGGAGAUGUUGUCAAGGCCGUGACAUUUCUCCCGGAUGACGAUGGCGAUGAAGCCAGCUAUCUCAUCAGCGGCGCCAACGACAAGUCUCUCAUUGUUUGGAAGUCCACUCACGACCAAACGAGGUUCAAACUGCUACAUACAUCGCACGAUCAUGCCGGUGCCAUUAACUGCAUUGCAGCCAUACGCGUCGCCAACGAGCCCGCAAGAUGGCUCAUCGCAAGCGGUGCUGCCGAUGCUACGAUUAACAUCUGGAGCUUUGAGGCGGAUAAGCUUGAGCUGCUCCAAACUAUCAAAACGACACCCAAGUUCUUUCCCCUUUGCUUGUCCCUGAGCUGGAUCGAUGAUUGUGGCAAUGUUCUCGCUCUGGCUGCGGCCGGCACCAAGGACAGUAUCCAGAUUCUUACGACGGAAACCCAGAGCGACGCGAUUCAGUUCCAGACGCAGGCAACCCUGCGCGGUCACGAAGGUUGGAUCAGGUCGCUAAGCUUUGCGAGAGAAAGCAGCAAACCAGGGAACGAUUUGCUACUCGCAUCAGCCAGCCAGGAUAAAUACGUUCGCAUUUGGAGGUUUCAUCAGGGCCAGGAGCUGCCCGCAGCGACCGCAGAGGGCGCGGACCCCUCCAGCGGUGCCUACAUGCCCGGAAAAUCGCCGUCGAACAAGGCACACUGGAUCAAGGCUGCCGGCAAGGACUUUUCUGUAACCUUUGAGGCGCUUCUGCUCGGCCACGAAGACUGGAUUUACAGCGCCAAGUGGCACGCGCACGCCGACGGCAAGCUGCAGCUCUUGUCGACCUCAGCGGACAAUUCGCUCGCCAUCUGGGAAGCAGACCCCGAAUCGGGUAUCUGGGUGAGCAUGGUACGACUGGGCGAAAUAAGCCGCGAGAAGGGCGCGACGACAGCAACGGGUAGCACUGGUGGCUUCUGGACGGGCUUGUGGUCGCCCGACGGCAACUCGGUCGCAUGCCUUGGUCGCACUGGAAGCUGGCGCCGCUGGGAGUACGACGUCUCCGAAGACCUGUGGCGCCCAUGCAUCGCCACCUCAGGCCACACCAAGGCUGUCACGGGCAUUGCCUGGUCCAAGGACGGCGAGUACCUCCUCUCCACCAGCCUGGAUCAGACCACACGCCUGCACACCAAAUGGACCUCCUCCGGUGCCAACACCUGGCACGAAAUGUCGCGGCCACAGAUCCACGGCUACGACCUCAACUGCAUCGACUCCAUCAGCGCCACGCAAUUCGUGUCGGGCGCCGACGAGAAGCUGAUGCGCGUCUUUAGCGAACCCCGGUCUGUCGCCGCGAUGUUGCACAAGCUCGGCGGCAUUGGCAGCGUCGGCGAGGUGUCCGCCAUGCCUGACGCGGCCAACAUGCCGGUGCUCGGCCUCUCCAACAAGGCCAUUGACGCCGUCGACGACGACGCCGAGAUCCAGCCCGUCGACGACCGCGACCGCGAGGCCAUGGACCCGGCGUCGAUUGUCAAGAAGUCGCAGCUCGACCUGGACCGCCCCCCGUACGAAGAGAUCCUGUCGCGCGCGACGCUCUGGCCCGAGGCCGAGAAGCUGUACGGUCACGGCUACGAGCUCUCGUGCCUGGCGGCCAGCCACGACGGCACGCUCGUCGCCAGCGCCUGCAAGGCCAGCUCCCUCAACCACGCCGUGAUCCGCAUCUUCGAGACGGAGCGCUGGACUGAGCUUCGCCCGCCGCUCGCCGCGCACACGCUCACGGCCACCCGCCUGCGCUUCUCCUCGGACGACAGACAUCUUCUCAGCGUGGGUCGUGACCGCCAGUGGGCCGUCUUCCAACGGACAGUCGGCGGCAGCGAGGCGACGACGACGCCGUACGAGCUGCUGCAAGCCAACCCCAAGGGUCACACCCGCAUGAUCCUCGACUGUGCCUGGGCGCCUGCGAGCAGCGGUGAUGCUAGCAGGCCGCUGCUCUUUGCCACCGCCGGCCGCGACAAGCAGAUUCGCGUCUGGCGCGCCCUGGUCAACGCCGAGGGCAGACUCGAGUUUGCGCAGGCAGCCGCCGUGUCGACGGGCGUGCCGGUCACGGCCGUCGACUUUCUGCCGUGGGCGGUCGGGGAGGGCCGGUAUGUGCUGGCCUUUGGCACCGAGACUGGGUGCGUCGGCACGUAUCUGGUGUCGGCGGACGGCACAGACGCCAAGGAGCAGCCGCUACCUGUCGGCAUGCACCUCCCCAAGACGGUGCUGCAGCUCGCAUGGCGCUCCUCGCAAAAGGGGGAGGCUGCGGCCGCAGAGCUUGCCGUCGCGGGUGAGGACUCUUCGCUGCGGCUCUAUGCAUUUAAAGAUGGUUUUCUGCACGGCGUAUAA